AUGGGAAUCUCGGAGGCCGCGUUACUUACAAGUCAUAAAUUAGUUAAAUUUUCAUCGUAUGGUAUUAUGGAAAGGAGAUGUCAAUCAUUGAAUUAUUUUUCUUUUUCUUGUGUUAGAAAUUUUCAUAAUUCACCUAUUUUACAUUAUAAAGAAAGUAAUUCAGAAAAAAAAAGAAAUUCUAUGUUUGCAUGGUUUUGUGGAAUCACUUUUUUAAUUACAUAUGCAGCUUUUCAAUAUGUCAAUCGAAGUUUUGAUCACAAUAAAUUGGAUCGUAAAUAA